UUCGUUAACAGUCCUAGUCGUGGUUCUAGGAGGUUCAACCAGCGUCCAUCGACCCAGUGCUUAGUGUCGUGUCGUGUGUAGUUCUCCUGCAGUAGUUCACCCCAAGUGUAUCCUGUCCCUCUGCCAAACUCCUUUUUUCGAAGCUCAAUCUUGUGAUUAACUCUCUGUGAAACGAAAAUGAAGCCAUUUUUGAUUGCCGCCGCUUUGCUCGUCUCGACGGUGUCCGCCUCGUGGCAUGGAGCCGUGUCCACACAGUACCAGCACCUGGACCCCCAUAGCCAUACCUACUCCUACGGCUAUGCCGAUCCCAACUCACAGAAGCACGAGACGCGCGCCCACGACGGCACCACCCGCGGCUCAUACUCCUACGUGGACGGACACGGGCACGUGCAGUCGGUCUCCUACACCGCCGAUCCGCAUCACGGCUUCAAUGCUGUAGGCACCAACCUGCCCCAGGCUCCUCAUGCCGCUCCCGUCUACGCUGCCGCCCACGCCCACUCCGCCUAUGCGCCCUAUGCUCAUGGCAUCCACAUCCCCGUGCUGACUCACGGCGGCGUUCCCGUCGACACUCCCGAGGUGCAGCACGCCAAGGCCGCUCAUGCCGCCGCUCACGCUGCCGCCGCCCACAAUUCCGGAGGCCAUCACCUGUACAAGCGCUCGAUCUACGGUGGAGGAUGGUCCUACGGAGCACCCGCCCAUGUCCCACUCACCCACGGCGGAGUGCCCGUCGACACGCCCGAUGUACAGGCCGCCAAGGCUGAGCACUAUGCCGCCCAUGCCAAGGCUCUGGGUCAAGUGGCGCAUGCCCAUGGCGCUCCCGUCGAGACUCCUGAGGUGCAGCACGCCAAGGCCGCACACUUCGCCGCCCACGCCGCCGCCCGCUCCGGCCAUGUCGGUGCUCCCAUUGCCCACGGCAACUACCAUGUGCCAGUGAUCCACAAUGGAGUUCCCGUCGACACACCCGAGGUGCAGCAUGCCAAGGCUGCCCACUUCGCCGCCCUCUCGCAGGCCUCCGCCCACGGCAGCAGUGGACACAGCUCCUGGGAUGACGGACGCUACGACGGUCGCUGGGAGUCCAGCCAGAGCAGCCACGGUGGCUAUGCCGGCGGCUACGCGCAUAACGGUCCCAUCCACAUUCCGGUGAUCCACAACGGUGUGCCCGUGGAGCCCGCAGAGGUGCAGCAUGCCCGCGCCGCCCACCUGAACGCCGUUGCCGCUGCCAGUCAUGGCGGAGCCGGUGCCCAUGGUGGCUACUACGGUGGAGCUGCUGGAGGCCACGAGGACGAUGGCCAGUACCACAGCCACUACGAUCACUACUAAACGGGAGACCGGAGUUUCCGGUGUAUUCGUGCCAACGACAUUGACGAUGACGAGACGAGCAUAUCUCUAAACACUCUGCCUGACACCCUUCGUUUCACUCUAACCGACUACCGAAGCCAGCUAGCUUAUACAAAUGUAACUGUCACUAACCUCUAGCAGCAUUCCAAUCUACUCUUUGCCUCUUUCUGUUUCCACUAUACGCACACACACACAGACGCAAAAACGGGAGAUUGAAGUCACACCUGCCAGUGGCUUCCUUGCCCGUUAAGCAACGAUCGAGCCUGACUUGAGUCCCAGCUAAACUGUAUCCAACCUUCUUCUUACAAGUCUAUCAAUCUACUCUUCCUUCUAUCUCCUGUUCUCCUCUUCUAUUUGUCUUUACCUGUGUAAACUGUUUUCUAUAUAUUUCCUUCCUUACAAUUUCGUUUGAGAAACGCUGUAUGAGUAUGUUGUAAAUAACUGUUGUAAUCUUUAUGUAUCUGAACAGAUAUGAAUCUAUAUAUUAUACGAAACUGCAAACAGACAAAUAAACUGCAAAAAUGUAUUUGAUCACAAA